AUGGUUUUAUCGAUGUACCUGAUGGUGAUCAGGACUUCAGCCAGGAGUAGCAGAGUCAGUAGCGAAGAAAAGGACUUCAAUCAAACAGUGAACGCUGUUAAAAGUACAACAGCAACGAUAAUAUCAUUUGAAUCAAUCACAAUUAUUGAUACAGAUUAUUGUGAAGAUAUGCCAACAGGCUACUAUGAAUAUCCAUAUGAUUGUGCUGCAUAUAUUUCCUGCAACGAUUCCCAAACAGAGCUAAGAUAUUGCGCUCCCGGUAAACUCUUCAAUGAAGAUCUGCAAAUUUGUGAUACACCCGAAGCAGUUAAUUGCAGCGAAUCCGAGUAUCCGGAUGAUUGCGUGGAUCAAGCAAACGGAGCUGUGCUGCCCUCGUUGGAGCACUGCGAUCAGUUUAUAGUGUGCAUCAAUCAUCAAGUUGUACUCCAUACGUGUCCCGAGCACUAUCUCUUCAAUCCAAAUUUACUCGUAUGUGACGAACCGGACGAGGCUUGGUGCUAUGCCGAACAAUCUACUGAAAUGACAACCACAACCAACACAGCUACCACAACCACCACAGCCACUACAACCAACACAGCUCCAAAAGUAACCAGCGAAGACAACAACCCGUGUCAGGAUCAAGAUCUGGGCGCAUCAUUUCCUUAUGCUGAGGAUUGCCAACAGUACAUUCUAUGCCUGGGAAACGAUCAGUCUGUCCAAGCCAAGUGCCCAUUCAAUUCUUGGUACGAUCCAGCGACUGGCAAUUGUGGUCCCGCCGUGCCACCAACUGCAUGCCAAGAAACAACAACUACAAGCACCACUCCAAAGACAACGCCAAGUCCAAGCGAUCUGUGUGCGGGCCAAGAGCUAGGUGUCUCAUAUCCAUUUGUCAGCAACUGUCAGCGAUAUAUUUUGUGUUUGGGAAAUGGCGAUUCUGUCAUAGCCAACUGCAUUUACAAUGCUUGGUAUGAUCCGGCGACGGGCGAUUGUGGACAAGAUGUGUCACCGACAGCAUGCCAGGAAUCCCUUCAAACUACAACCACAGAGUCAACGACACAGUCAACAACUCAGUCAUCAACUCAGUCAACAUCUCAGUCAACGACUCAGUCAACUACCAUUGAACCAACAACAACAGAAAAGCCUAUUAGUUCAGACAUCUGUGCUGGAAAGGUGCAAGGCGAGUAUGUGAAUUAUCCUGAUAACUGUAGUAAAUAUAUAGUGUGCGCAGAGCCUGUUCCCGUUGCAUUUUACUGCACAUACGGCUAUUACUUCAGCGAGGCGCUUCAGCAGUGUGUUGACUGGGAGCAAAGUGAUUGUGAGGCCACAUCCAGCACAGUGUUACCGCCUGGCGACCAGCCAACUCCAUCUCCCGGCACCUGCAAGAACGGCAAGGAUAUAACAUUUCCAUAUCCGGGUAAUUGUCAAUGGUAUUUCCGCUGUGUCAACGAUAACGUCUUCAUGUUGAGCGUUUGCAAUAGCGGCGAGUACUACGAUCCAUGGAGUGGUGAGUGUGGUGCCAACGUUCCGCCCAACGCAUGCCUUGAGGAUUACACAACAAGCACAUUAGAUUUGGACACGACCACUACAGAAAUGAUAACCCUGCCUACACCAACAACGACACCUCAACCGCAUCCUUGUGAGGGCGUAACGGAAGGCAAGCUUGUGCCCUAUCCCAACGACUGCACCAAGUUUAUUGAGUGCACCAGUGCGGGUCCUGUGGCAUACGAUUGUGUUGUUGGACAGGAGUUUAGUGCGAUUUUGGAACGUUGCAUGGCUCCAUGGGUUGCCAACUGUUCGUUUGCAACAACUAUAACUAUAGCUACCCCGACAACCACAACUCAAGUGGCUGCCACAACGGAAUCGAAUCAAUCCACCGAUGAUGAUUUCUGUGAAGGCAAAGCUGACGGAUCGCUUAUUCCUUAUCCGAACAACUGCACAAAAUACAUAGUGUGCCAAGAACCCAUUGCAGUUGCCUACGUCUGCCCUGGUAAUGAGCAGUUUAGUCCGACCCACUUGCUCUGCAUGGAUGCCCAGGCAGCUAAUUGUAUCUCUAAAAAAACUCAUUUAAUUUGA